AUGACAAAGCUAACUGUGUGGGGUGAAGUACCAAUGAUUAAUAAAUGUGUUUUUGAUGUUUUGGAUAAAAUGUUAAAAGAUAUUACUAAAUGUGAAUUGCCAUUUAGCAGAAAGGUUGUUGUGUUCGGAGGAGAUUUUCGACAAGUGUUGUCAGUAGUACAAAGAGGAACAAAAGAUGAUAUCAUGAAGGCCAAUUUAGUUUUUUCAGAUUUAUGGCAAUAUUUUACACAACGACCAUUGACUGAGAAUAUGAGAGCUAAAUUAGAUCCUUUGUUCUGUGAAUAUUUACUUAGAAUUGGAAAUGGAAUAAAAAGAGAACAUACAUGUCACAUGAUUAAACUUCUUUCAGGUAUAAUAAUAGAUUUUGAGAGUGAAUUUGAAUCAUUGAAAAAACUAAUUGCUAUUGUGUUUCCUAAUUUUCACACAUAUGGUGACAAUUUGAAUGCUAUGAUGAACAGAGUUAUUUUGACUCCAAAAAAUGAACCAGUAGAUGUAAUAAAUAAUAUGUUUGUUAAAGGAAUUCCUAAAGAGAUAUUUACGUAUUUUAGUUUUGAUGAAGUAAUUGAUAAAACGGAAGGAUUUAUUCAUAAGGACUUUUUAAAUAGUCUAACUCCAAAAUGCCUAAAAGAGGGUAUUUUCUCUGCUAAUCCACCUUGUGUCAAGGAGAAUAACAUUGAGCUAUACAAGUCAAUGAAACUUUUGCAUGUGCUUUCACUUAAUCUGAUGUGUGGACGUUAUUACUGCAAUCAUAAAUUUGGAAUUUCCAUUCAAGAAUAUUGA